GAGUGACCUUCCGUGCGGCUCCUUGCUUGAAGGUCUGCCAGGGAGCUGUCUUGCUGUCUGCCCUCUGCUGAAACCAGUUAUUUCUGGUACGUGCACCUCGUUGUAAACAAGUCUCUACUAUCUACUCUUAAGUAAGUUCCCUCGCUCCUCCUGACUGCGAUGCCCAUGCGCGUAGGAAAGCCUCACCUGGUCUUGCUCUUAUGAACGGUCACUUCGCCUCGCCACUUGUUCGAGUGAACACUGUGACCUUCGCUUCUUUCUUGGACCAGAAUGACCCGACACUCGAAAAACUGCACAGCAAGUUCUGUUUACUCAUAUCACGAAAAGAAGAAAGAUGCAAAAUCAUCUGGGUAUGGUUCUCUAAAGCUACGAUAUGGAAAGGAUGGAGUGAAGGAUUUCGACUGUUGCAGCCUCUCCCUUCAUCCUUGCCGUAAUCCCGUGAUUACACCUGAUGGUAUUUUGUUUGACAAGGAAUCCAUCCUGGAAUAUAUUAUUAGUAAGAAGAAUGAGAUUAGCCGUAAAAUAAAGGAAUAUGAAAAGCAGUGCAAGAAGGAACAGGCAGAGAUUGAGGAGAUUGGAGAAGCAGAACACCGUUCCCGCAUUGAGAAGUUCUUGAAGACAGAAGGAGCUGUAGCGUCUCCUUCCCAGGCUGCCCAAGGUUCCAGUACAAGGGAUACUAACAAGGCUUCUUCAGUGUCUAACAUGGCUUCCGGGAAGGACAAGAAACUGCCCAGCUUUUGGAUCCCUUCUCUGACACCUUCCAGCAAGGAAACAAAAUUGCAGAAGCCUGACAAGACGGUCUUUUGUCCCAUAAGUGGAAGGCCUUUAAAAGUAAAGGACCUUGUUGAUGUCAAGUUCACACUGGCUGAUCCAGAAGACAAGGGUCUCCUUGAUGGCCGAAGGGACAGGUACAAGUGCCCAGUCACGGGAGACAUCCUGAGGAACAACAUCACAUGCGCUAUUCUUCGACCGACAGGUCAUGUGGUUACAUUGGAUUGCAUUGAGAAAUUGGUGAAGAAAGACAUGCUGCACCCAAUUACCGGAGCAAAACUCGUAGACAAGGACAUCAUUGUAUUGCAGAGGGGAGGAACAGGCUUCUCAGCUGCCAAUGAACAAUUGUCAAGUGUGAAAGCCAGACCAGUGUUGCAAGCUUAAUAUGGAAACAAGAAUGUCUUAAAUAUUGUAAAGUUUGUAUUUCCUUUUUAUGAGAAAGUGACCUUUGCUUGAAGUCAGUAACUCCUAAGAAAUAUUACCUUUUAUAUUGUACUUUAAGAUUUUCCUUCUUUUUUCUCUUUUCUUUUUCUUUUCAAUUUCUAUUUUUUUUUUUUUUUUUAAAGAACUCUUAUUUUUAAAUACAUGACAGGCUAGGAAUGUAAAGAUUUUAGCUAUAGAUGGUGACUGGUUGUUUUCCAUAAAUUCCUGUACACUAAGCAUCAAAGCAGAACUAUUGUGUUCAUACUUUACCUUGAUAUGAAUAUGAACUAUCAAAUGAUUUUAACCUUUAUAAUUUGAAAUCUUCGUUACUUCAUAACAAGGGUUCAUUCAUAUGCAUGUAUGUAGUAAAAUGGUACAAAGGAAAGUCCCUUAGUAAAUAUGCAACAAACCCUUAAACUUGAAACUAAAAUUUGAGACAACAAAAAUCUAUGUGGCAAGUGGCAAUUGUGAUGUAGAAAAGUAACAGUAUAUCCCUCAUUGACCCUGAUAUAUGAUAGAAGGAUGGACUUACUAUUCUGAAGAUCUUUUGAUUUUUUUAUACUAUAAGGACUUUUCCCUUGUCAACUAACUGAAGCUGUCAGGGAUAGCAUGUAUGUGCGUGCAGUGCCCACUGUGAGUUUAAUUUAUUAAUUGUUUUUACACAGAGGGCUUCACAAGCACUAAGUCACCAGUGAGCCAGUUUCGAGUAUUACCCCUCUCACCUGUUUAUCAGUUUCCUUGAUUUUUGAAAAUAUUUUCUAGUAUAAUAAUGCUGUUAGUAUUGUCAAUAGCACUAUAAUAUUUAUAAUGUCUAAAAUAAAAUAACAUCACUAUUGAUAGCAUUAGUAGAAAAAGUGUUUUUCCGGCAAACUCAAGGAAAGGUGAAAUCAAGUGAGCUCACAAGGUCUACUAAUUGACUCCUUUGUAGCUAAGCAAUGUAACAGUGAAUACAAUAUUUUACUGAAGGCUCUGGGUUAAGGAAGAGUUUAGAAUAGAAAUUAUAAGAAAAAAACAAUUUUAUUUUUCUCAUCAUACACUGACUGGUAACAGAGAAACAGUUGCUUGCCCUUAAGCAAACAUAUUGACAAUUAAAAUUGAAUCCAAUGAAAAUUAUAAAACAGAUAAAAAACAUUUGUAUAUGACCCUGUAUUCAUAAUGUGGUAAUUACUGUUUGAGGUGUUUUGACUUUCAUUCAAUGGAAAACCUCUAGAUUUACAAAAUGCUAAAUAUAUUUUAGGACAAAAAUAGUAUGGUGUAAGGUAUCUAUGAAAAUAUAAAGCAAUUUACUAAUUUG